CUUUCUCCCUCAUAUAUUCUCUCUCUCUCUCUCUCUCUGACACACACACACAUCCACGCUCCUGGAUUUGCAGAAGACAGACAUCCAGGGCACUUCUUGGCAUCCCCAGGAAAAUCGUAUGGGAUUAAAAACCCACAGCAGAAUUGCUGGAAGCUGCUUCUCGAGGAUUACAACUUCACCUUUUGCUUUUACGGAUGCUUGUUUACUAUCCAUGUGGUAACCUCUGGACAGCCAGUAAUCCAUUCAUUAUCCCCACUGAUUGAGUGAGGGAGUAGUGCAGCGGUAACUACUUCACUCGGCUGAAGGCAGACAACAAAAGGAGGAAAAUGAUGAAUUCGGACAAUUUAACCUCCCAAAGCUUCCUCUCUGCAAUUCACAGCAACGCCAGCAAUUUAUUCUCAGGUCUCCAGUUUGUUCAGUCCUUCAAGCCACUAAUCAUCCCCUGCUACUCCCUGGUGGUUUUCAUCGGUGUCAUUGGGAAUUACCUGCUCAUUUAUGUUAUCUGCAAGACAAAAAAAAUGCACAAUGUCACCAACUUUCUCGUAGGCAACCUGGCUUUCUCAGACAUGCUCAUGUGUGCAACCUGUGUGCCCCUGACCCUCGCCUACGCCUUCGAGCCCCGGGGGUGGGUGUACGGGCGCUUCAUGUGCUACUUCGUUUUCCUGAUGCAGCCGGUCACGGUGUUCGUGUCUGUGUUCACCCUGACUGUCAUAGCUGUGGACAGGUACUGUGCCAUGGUGUACCCCUUCCGCAGGAGGCUCACCAUCCCUGUCUGUGCUUACAUCCUGGCUGCUAUUUGGCUGCUGAGCUGCACCCUGGCUGCCCCAGCCUUAGUCCACACUUACCACGCCGAGUUCCCGGAGCUGGACUUCUCCAUCUGCGAGGAGUUUUGGUUCCACAUGAAAAGGGAUCGCUUGGCUUAUGCCUACAGCACCCUCAUCAUCACCUAUGUGUUGCCUUUGGCUGUCAUCUCCCUGUCCUACCUGAGGAUCUCGGUCAAGCUGAGGAACCGUGUGGUGCCAGGCAAUGUCACCCAGGGCCAGGCCGAGUGGGACCGUGCACGGAGGAGGAAGACUUUUCGCCUGCUGGUCUUAGUGGUGGCAGCCUUUGGAGUCUGUUGGCUGCCUCUGCACAUCUUCAACGUGAUAAAGGACAUAGACAUCAGCCUGAUUGACAAGCAGUAUUUCAACUUUAUCCAGCUGCUGUGCCACUGGUUUGCAAUGAUGUCUGCUUGCACCAACGCCUUCCUCUAUGCCUGGCUCCACGACAGCUUCAGGGGAGAGCUGAAGAAAAUGUUUGCCUGGAGAAAGAAGAAAAUUGGACCCGCUACAAACUGCAUUAUGGCCAGUGUGGUGCUGUAAACGAGGUCUGGUGGGAGUGCAUUUCCUUUGUACAGUAACAUUGGAACAUCUAAAAGGGGAUUUUUAAUCCCCACAUCUACAUUUCCUGCAAUUCCUAUGUUUCCAUGAGGCACUGGAGACCUUUCAGCAGCGAGGAGGACUGCAGAGAGAAGCUGGUG